AUGUUGAUCUUUUUUUUUCUUGUGACGUUUAUACUGACAAUUAGUCUUACCAACCCGAAAAGAGGCCACCGACUCGGCACUUCCUCAGCAACAUGGAACAAAAUCAAGCUGGCGGCUACUCUGGAGACUUGGGCCGAGAAUGGCGGAGAGGGUGUGGCUAGUGAGGCCAAUGGCGGUCUGGAAGGUGUAAAUGGAGUUGCAGAGCCCGGUUCCGCUGAUUCUGGACGCUCUAUUCUCGUCAGACAGGGUCCUAAUGGCCAGAUCUGUAUCUGGUAUCCAGCACAUAGCAUCUAUGAGUUUUGGGACUGGGUUGGUGCCUCCGAGUUCCUCGAGGGCCAGGAGACUACAAAAGAUGGCGGAGAUGCUCCUGGAAUCACUUUUGUUCCUAGUUCCACCCCUAAAGCCGAGUACACUGGUGAUGUGUUACAGUUGAAGGCAGUAUUCGUGGUUCCAGGACGGAAGCUCUGGGACAUGGCAUUCAUGCGGUGUACAGACGGCGUGGAAAUGUUUCUCAGUGUUGUUUCUGAUGAUGACAACGGUGUGAAGUUGGAGGUUCGCCAUGAAGACAACCUUUCCGUUGUGGAAUUGCCUUCUUAUUUGGAGGGAGACCUCCGUUUGCAAGUAAGCUCACGCUUUGUCACUGUGCUGUCUUCUAAGGGCUAUUUGUACUUGCUCAAAUACGAUCGCCACUCCAAGUGUCCUAUUGUGAGGGCCAAUUAUGGAGGGGAACUCAAUCAUAUUGUCAACCACUCUUCCAGACCCAUUGCAGAAAAGAAUAACAUUCGUCUUGAGCAGGGAGAGUUGUUGCUCAAAACUGCAACAUUUGAUAGUUCGCCAAUCUUUGACAUUGUAGGGAGUUGGUUGGUGUAUUCUCCCACCAAGGUAGAGUCGGACUAUUACAAACAGUUGGUUGGCUCCAGCGACCAAGUUGCGUCAUCGCUGCAAUCGCUGAAACUCCGCAAGUCUUUGUAUACCACGGUUAAACUUCCCACUCCCGGUCCUUUGCUCUACAGGGUGGUGUCAAGUGUCUCCAACACUGCAUUAGACAAAUUGUACAAGUUUUCGGAAAUGAGCUCUAAGAGAGUCAGAGGAUACUUGGCAAAGUCAGACAAAAUCAUUGACAAGGAUGUAUCGCUUCACUCGAUCAGUAAUAGCAUAGGCAGUGCGUUGUAUUCGACUGCUUCCAAGUUGAAGAAACUGGCCAUGUCAUUUGGUGAAAAUGAAGUUGUCAAGGUCGUUGACUUGGGGAAUGGCCAAGUGAUGGCGAUGUUUAAACCUCCUGGAGGCAUCUCGCGUGUUUCUCUCAGUCCUUAUGAUUUGCAGUUGGUGCAUGCUAAUUAUAGAGGAGAUAACUUCUACAUGUGGGACCUCUACAAAACUCCUCGUGAAGUCUCAUUGAUAGGAAAGUUCAUGAGAGGAAAAACUAGUGCAUCCAUCAGGGAAAUCUUUUGGUUUGUCAAUGAUAAGAAUACUGAUAUUAUCAAGGGAACCAACUCCGGUUUUGGCUGUAUCACGAAGAAGCUGGGCUCCGUUCAUUGGUACAAUAUCAACUAUGUUUCUUGUGGCAAUGAGAACAACAAUCAUCCAAACCAAUUAUUGGGAAACAGAAUCGAUAAUUCUAAUAGUGGUCAGUUCCUCGAUUCGUGGAUAUUACCCUCGAUGAAGGCAGUCGGGUUUUGCAAACUUCCGACAUGCUCAAACGUUCCAAGUUCUCCACAAACUUCGCAAGCGCGUGUGGAUAAGCAGCAGUUUUACAAGGUUAACCAGCUUGCAUUCUUGGACCAAAGGAAUAACCUACGGCUUGUCUCUCCGUUGAAUGGAAAACAUACCUUCAAGUAUGUCCUCCCGAGGGAACCGGCUAGUAGCUUGCCAAUCAUUGGUGAAUCUGACGCUCCUUUGUUCAACCCGAUCAAGUAUUCCCGAAAUGUUGAACGCCUUAAUAUUCAAGAGUUUGAUACUCCUUUGUGUCAGGCCGAAAUUGAGACCUGCUCUCCAUAUUUGAGUUUGAUAAAUAACAAAAAUGUCGAGUUUUCAACUUAUGAAAUCAGUGGUGACGAUCCAGUGAAUUCUUUCUACGAUAUUUUUGAGGAUUUCGGUAUUGAUGUCCCGGUUAAUGUCUUUGAGUUUCGUGGUAGUGGACUUAGCUCUCCACUCAUGAGCUCCGAUGAAGACCUCCUACGGAAGUUUAACAACGGAAUCGAUAUAAGUCCAGAAAAUUUCAGUUCGAACACUGCGACAGAAUGA